AUGUUUAUCGACAUGCUGGUCGUGUUUGUUGUUUCACUUAUUUCAUCAUUGUUUUUAUGUACCACAUCUGUGCACGGCCUCCCGUUAUCAUCAUCAACAGCAAAACUUCAUUAUAUCCAUAGUUCUCCAUCUGCUGAUUUGUCUUCUUCACUUAUGCUCUUUAAACAUCGUCCAGUAUCAAAUGUUGAUAAUAAUUUAAGUGGAGAUAAUAUUGAAAUGUUAUUUGGUGACAGUAACGAAAACGAUGAUUUACCAUUAUCUUCUGUUGAUGUAUCCAAUGAGCCAUAUGAAUAUGAUUUUGAACCAUCAUCAUCAGUAAAAUUUUUAUCUAGAAAAUUGUUACUGUUACAAAAUCAACAUCAAGACAAACGAGCAUUACCAUCACCAUCGAAGUUACAUUUCAAUUUUAAUACAGCUGCUAACAAAUUUAUUGAUUCAUCCCAUACAAAUAAUAUAAAUCAAUUGAAUGAACCGAUACGUUUAUCAUCAUCACUCAAAAAUUUGGUCGAAACAAAUCCGUUUGCACGUGCUUGGCUUACAAUGCUUUUACAAAAACUUAUGCAAGAACAGACUAUGCCAUAUAUUUUCAAGUAUGGUCGACGUCGUAAAUAA